GCCCGAGCUGCUGCUGCUGCUGCUUGUGGUGGCGGGGAGGGUGGAGGGGGGACAUGCAGGGGAACUGUUUGCAUUUCGGGGGAAGACGCAUCUCCGAUACUGUCCAGAGUAGCUGAGAAGGAUCCCACUGCGACGGGAGGAGGAGAGGAAAAACAACACGCAGUUCGGGUGCUGUGGAGGUGGGACGGCCAAAAUGAUGCGUAGGCGGUGCUGCAUCGAGCCGUAUUGAUGGAUGUGUUAGCAGACAGCAGUCUCACAUUGAUUGUGAAGACUUCAGACGCAGAGAAUGCAAACGUUGUGGAAAACGCAGGGGUAUGUGAGCAGAGUGGCGAUCUGAGUCUGUGCAGGCUUGUCGAUGCUGCAGCGUCCUCGCCUCCUCCUGCUGCAGAGACUUUACAGCAGGCCUGCCCAACACACCAGGGGACUGCUCCUGCAUCACCAUCCCUCCCCCUGGCCCUCAGCACUGACCCCGCGCUGAGUCUAACAGUGGCCCCCUGCCCUCCAUCCAGUGAUGCUCGAACUCUAGUCCCCAACCUUCAGCGUGCUCCCACACCCCUUCCCAGCCCAGCUGUAAGCUCCUGGGGUCAAACUGGAGACAGACAGAAAACAUCCCCUCUGCUGGCUAUUAGUCUCCCUCUAUCAGCUACUAUGAUGGAACCAGGCACCAUGUCUGCAAUGACAGAGGAGUGUCUCCUUCAGCCUGCCCGAACCUGCCUGGGCUGCUUUAUUGAAACUCGUGAUGCUAGUGACCCUAAUUCCAUCCCGAAUCCGCCCCAUGAUCCCAACACCAACCCCGACAUGGACCCUGGGCUAAGCGUUCGGAUAGGUGAUGUGAGCCGAGAGGACUUUUCUGACAUCAACAACAUCAGCAUUCAGUGCCUGAGUCAUGCAGGGGAGACAGUGAGUCACUACGGUGAGCAACUCCUCUCUGACCAGCUCCUUAGCUUUCCCCUUCCGAAAGCCACGAAUGAGUCCAAGAGAGCAGAUGGAAACAAACCGACCGAGGACUGCGUUGAUCCAGAAGACGAGACAACAGCUAAAAACUUGUAUGAGGGAUUGCUGUUGGACAAAGUCGGCGGAGAAGAGGUUCUACUGGCAAAUGCUGGUCAGGACUGGGGCUACUUUGAGUCUUUCAUCAGCGAGAGUAAGAUGGAACUGCUGGACCUUUGCUCAAAGAAUGAACUAUCAGUCAACCUCUUCUCUGAGGAGGACGUUGACAAUCUAUUUGAUGAUGAAGAUGACGACUCAACUCUGAGCAGCGAUGUCUGCUCGCUUAAGAUUCGCUACGAGUCAUUCCAGGACAACAUGCGGGAAAAAACAAACGUUCUCCAGGAGGAGACGCAGUUCAACUUCUUCCCCAGCGUCCUGGCCAACUGUGCCAAGAAAGAGGAUGGAGCACCAAUCUUGAGGAGGACUGCAGAGGAGGUGCAGGCCAAAACUGAGGAGCUCAUCGAGGACACAGCACAGGAAGGGAAAGGUGGGGAGUUCAGUGGGAGGAGCCCACUUGACGGCUCUCAGGGCUCCCCUAUGUCCACCUCCAAAGUCAGCUACCUAAUAGACUUUAACUCUACAGAGGAGUCGGGAGAAUUUAGCGAUGACAGCUCCUGUACCGGCUCCUCCUCAGACACACUGCAGGAGGGCAAGCACAAAAAGGGCCACUCAAAGAGAUUUCUCAGCCCUUUGAACCCGCUCAACUACGGGCUUCGCUCCAAGAGAAAGGUCCGAUACAGUGACGACUACUUGUAUGAUGUUGACUCACUUGAAAGUGAAAAGAAUGCGGAGAAAAAAGAGAAAGCCCCCGCUGGUCAGAAAGAGGAAGAAGAUGUUGACUGGUGUCCCAAAAAACGCAGAAAAUCCUGUCGGAAAGAGCCGCCCGUCGUCAUCAAGUACAUCAUCAUCAACAGAUUCAAAGGAGAGAGGCUCAUGUCAGUGAAACUGGGCAAGCUGGACCCCGUGGACGCGACUGUGAGCUUAAAUGCCGACACAGUGAGCAAAUAUGAGACACUGGCUCCUCUGAAGCAUUUCUGGCAGGAGAAGCAAAGAGAGAGGCAGGAACAGCUUAAGCUGGUUGCCAGAGAUAAGCAACAACGUGGUUUUCAUCUAAACGGACGCCAUCACCGGCCUUUUAAUUCUAGUCAUCCCAAAAGGAAAUACAAGAUUGCAAACAGGCUUAAGGUUCAGAGGAUUCAAACUGUGGAGCAGUCAGCAACAACACAGGGUUCUGUUGCCUCUGAUCAGGGCCACACAGGUUUCACUAAAGAGGAGCCCACCCCAACCGCACAGGAAACAAUAGCAGCCCCAGACAUCCCAGUCACAUUAGACGCAAACUCCAUUACGCACACAAUCACCAACAAGAGCCGCUCCCAGGAGAGGGAGGAGAGGGAGGGGAGGAGAUUGGGAGGAAAUAAAACAGUCAGGAUAAGGAAAUUUAAAAGUGAAGCAAGGUUGAGGAGCAAGAAAAUGAAAGAGGCAGAGGGGGGAGAGCGGAGGAGUGUGACGAAUGAAACAGACGCCUGUGUCACCGCGGCACGGAUUGAGGACCUUACUGCUGGGUUGGAACAGGCAGGCGUUAGUUCAACUACAGUCAAACCCCUUUUCUCUGACAAUAACACCACAGCUAAUGCAUCAGAGGAAAAAUUUCCCUUCAUUUCAUCCACAUGCUCUCCUGACAAAGCGCCUUCCUCCGAAGAGGUGGAUUCAGGUGUCCCUGUCAUCCCGGGGGGUUACCUGCAGACCCUGUUAGAUGCCACUGACUCCUCCGCUGGAGCAGCCAUCUCCUAUUUUGCCCAGCAGUCCUCUAGGCAGCAGUAUUCUCUGGGGCUGUCCCUAGAGGAGAAACAGUUCUCCUCUCUGCAACUCGCUCAGAGUUGCGUCCUCUCACCCCCAUCUGAGUCGGAGCUCCAACAGUCUCCCCAGAACUGUCCCACUUUCCCCCAGAUGUGGCACCCACAACUCUGUGCAAAUCACAGCCAGAGCUUUGGGCCUGAAACCCCCGAGACUCCUAUCAUACCCAACAACUUCCCCGCUGCUGUGCCCCUGAAUGACAACCUGCCGGUGUCUAACUACAGCCAGCUGAGCCCCGAGGCUGACAGGCUGCUUUAUGAGAAGAGCUACCUGACUGAGGCGGGGCUGCAGCCUGGGGCAGAUCUACAAGUCUGUCAGUCUGCCUGCGUGGAGGGCCAGGUGCAAUACCAAAGAGGGUCCCUGUGCACAGACAAUGGGAGGCUCAUCAGCUAUGACUCAGUGGGCUCCCUGUCAGCUUCCUCCAGCAAUUACAGCUCUCUCAGCCUCAAGUCUUGUGAGCGGGAGGGUGAGGAGGAGGGCCGAGACAGCUUCUUAGCUCACUGCAGUCCUAAAGUGGUGAUUCAGCAAAGUGUGGAUGCCCUUACCCCACUCAGGGAGUCCUCAGACCUGCUGGAUAUCUCCAACUUCACUCCUGACAAGUUCAGACACUCAUCACUGUCAGAGCUUUCCCCCCCAGAGACCCCCAACCUGUCCCCCCAGGUGGUGGGGCGUGAAAUGAAGAUGGCAGGAAAUGUAGGAGAGUACCAGGAUGUGAAUGAUAUGCCUAUAGACUGCAACCGGGAGGUAAAGUGGAACUGUGAUGCUAUACAGCAACAAGAGUGUACAGCAAACACAUACACAGUGGAGGACGGCCAAUUUCCACAGCUGCACAACUUCAACAGUCAGGAUGUCCUAACUAUAGAUAAGAAGGAGCUGGGAGUUACAGAGUUUGACGAGCAGACUGGUGAGAUGCUGGCUGGUGCAAAAAGCAUAAAGUCAAAGAGGAAAGGCAGCUGCAAGCAAGCAGCGGCAGGACAGAGCCCAAAGAAAGUCAGAGCUCCCAGAGCUCCCAAGUCCGAAAAGGUCAAGACUCCCAAACAGAACUCUCGGUCGACCAAAAAAAUAAAGGCCAUGUUGGAGGGCAAGGCAGCAAAGAACCAGGCAGGUGGCAUCGGCACAGGCCUGACCGACAGUAGCAGCACUGGGGACUGGCCUGGCACUGGCUGGUCAGAGAGCAACAGCCUGGUCGGGGAUGACCAGAGAGAGUUUGAAGAGCCCUCAAAUAUCCUGUCCAACAUUGUCUCCGGCAUGGCCGAGGUCCAAAGGUUCAUGAUGGCCUCCAUAGAGCCACUGUGGAAUCCCAUGUCUGAGGCCUGCAUGCCCUCCGAGGCCAACAGCCUUAACCUAAAGACGCUCAAAAUCUUGGCAGGAACGGAGGCUGAUCUGAAGAAAAAGGGCACUGUGCUAACGGGGGCUGGCAGAGGCAGAAAGGCCGGGGGGAAAGGAGGCAAAAACCCAGCCAAAUUCAACCCCUCGCAUCCCUUGUUCCCUCAACUCGCUUUGGGCUGCAACAUGUUUGAUAAACCCAGCUUUAUUAACCCUGGGCCUGCACACAAAAAGCUGUACCGCCACAAGACGAGUGCUAAGUUCCCUCGGAUUGAGACACUGAAGGGGAAGCGAGCUGAGAGAGACCCAAAUAAGGACAUAGCACUGAUGACCUCUUUUGAGAAACUGAGGUAAUAUUUUGUUAUCAGCUGCUGUUGUUCCCCCUUCUCACUUUCCCCUCCACCACCUGCUCAGCCCUCCCUCCCAAACAUACCUACACUGACGCUAUGCCAGAGCUGCAUGAGUUCUACGUUUCCCCUGACUACUCCCGCUUCCUUUUGAUCCCUCCCUCCCCCCGAAGAGGAAAUGAUUAUCUGCAUGAAAAACUUCUUGUACUUUGCAAACUACCUAUUGAGUGAUUGUGUUAAGCUUGAUUGAGAUUUGAAAUGACCAUGGCUGCAUUUUUUCUUGCUUUUGUUGUUUCUUGCUUUGUUCUUAUAGUUGUUUUACUUUUGUCUGAAAAAAGAGAAUAAGCCUUGAAAACAGCUCUGUCGCCUUUUUGAGGAACUUUUUUUUUGUAUCUUCCCAGCUGAACUAGCUCCCCUCGAUUCUAAGAUUGAUUUCGCUCUUUUCCCUUAAAGAUGUAGCUAUAUACACAAAUGCAUUGAGUGACAUCUACGCAUCCCAUCCCCCUCCUCAUCUGUUUUUGUAUGCAGAAUAUGGAUGUCCUGUUGUUGCUGUCCUUCAUACACUGCCUGGCUCAUUUCAAGAGGGAAGCCUACACUUAAUGAGCCCUAUUUAAGCCCAAGACAUCUUUAAACACAAAGAUGGGACCAUUUUGUAUUGUUGACAUAUCAGACGUUGUCUUUUUUUUUUUUUUUGUCCUCCCUCCAAGUCGAAAUGACUCCCCGUUUCCUUUUACUGAGCUUUUCUUUUAGUUCUGGAGUUUAAAUGAACUUGUUAUCUAAAUUUACAUUUUUAUGCCUUGCAAAUUCAUAAAAAGCUCCACCCUCAGAGUAUUUUUGUCAACGUCGUUGUACAGGGACAUGCAAUAUUUGCAACAAAAAAGAAAGAAAAAAAAGAUUAUUAUAAUUUUAAAAUCAAUGUGCCAAAAGUAACAAUGCUGUGUAAAUGACCUCUUAUAUAUGUGUGAAUAUUGGCUGUUCCUCUUUUUCUAUCCAUUGGAAUAUUGGCUGCUCGGGUUGGGAGACUCCUUACAGAGACUUGCAACUACAGGAAUUCUUUAUUUGAGACUUUUCUCUCUCUUCUCUGAUGAAAGGCACCAACAGCUGGCAGUGGUACACCACCACUCAUGAAACCAAAUCAGAAAGGCUGAAUUCUCCUCGUCCCCACCCCCACUACCACCACCAACACACCUUGUUUGCCAAAUUCUAUUUACCUCAACAUUGCUUGGCACUGAGAAGCAACAAAAGAGAGGCAAAGGAGAGAUCUGCUCUGAAGGCCACUGUAAAGGAUGGAGAUGAAAAGAGAGAGGUUCAGACGAGCCCUCUCAGGACCGAGAGGAGUGUAGUGCACAUGUCUGAGGGGUAAGCAAGGGAACGACUGGUCAUGUGGGGCUGCGCCUCACUGAAUAGACGUUUGUACUGGAAGUUUACGGCAGAUUAUGACUCAUAGAGAUUCUGAUGCAUGCAUCAGUGGUGAAUAGACAUUUUUGCAGUUAGGUUAUAUUGUGAAUGUGAAAGCAGUCUUCAGUACAAAUGGAAUCAGUAGUCUUGUAAAUGAAGGAAAGCAUGUCUUUACAUUCGCUCCAUGUGAAAACGUUUCUGCCGUCUCACCAGGAAAUGGCCAUUUAAACAUUUCUUCACAUUCCCAUGUAUUUUUAAUUACCACUGCCUUACUUUUUAAGUUUCACAUCUUUCUUGUUAUAUUAUUACCACAUAUCAUCCUGAAAUUUUUUCCUUACUGUUUACAAUGGAUUUGUUUUCAUUUGCAUGAGGUUUGUACCUGUUAUUUCAGCGCCAGUACUCUGAAAACAAUGUGAGCUGUGAUUCAAGACCACAAAAAGAGAAGUCGCUACUGUCUGAUCCAACAAGUUUUGUUCUUGACCCCUUCUCGUUUAUUUGGGCUCAUUCACUACCUCAAAGCACUGAAAAAACACCAGAAAUCAACCUUAAAAUGAACUAUACAAUCAUAUUCAAUCAGCUGAGAAAAUCUAUAGAUAGGAUGAAAGUUAGUUUCAGAAGAAAUACAGAGCCAAUCAAACUGUUACAGAAAAAAAGCUUUUAUUUUAUGCGGUUUUCGGAACACUACUUUAAUUUAGAAUAUGCUGCAUGGACAUGCGCAGAAGAAUUGAUUGGUUUGAAAACAGGCCGUGUCACGUUGGAUAUGGCACUUCUGACAUACAGGUUAUAGUAACUGAUUGCUUGCAUCUGGCAAGAAUCCUAAUCAAUGUCUCUGUGACCCAUUUGUGUCUCCUCUGCCAUGAUCCUUUCUUUUACUUUCUAUACGUGUAUCAGGGUUAGGACCAAGACAAGCUGCUGAUGGGAAGCUCCACAUGGGCCUCGGAGCCCGUUUAGUCUGCCUUCUCUCAUUUCUGCCUAUUGCCAAAUUGAAUGUACUUCUGAGUUCAUAUUUUUCUUUGAAUUUCUUUUUCUGUUUGUUUGUUUCUAAAACGUGCCACUGUUGAGCUGCCUCAUGUUAAUGGUGCUAAGAAAGCUGACGAUUCUUAACUGUUUGGUUUUGAUUUAUUUUUCUUUUCCCAGAGUUAACAAAAAAGAGAAAAAAGAAAUGCAAAACAGAUUAGGUUCCUAACCCUCUUUAUGAAUGUAUAUUAAAAAUGUUAUGUUUGAUGUAUUCACUUCAUGAUUCUUUGACACUGAUUGGAAUUACUUUUGCUCUUUUCAUUAAAAGAUUACCGAGCUUUAUAUAUACUGUCUAGAGUUGUUACCAGAAGGAAUCUUAAUGAACUCUUGACACGACAAAAUCUUGUAUAUUUUUUGUGUGCCAAUUUGUAACAUAUUUUGUAAGUGUAUAUUUUUCUUAGAAAGUGCUGUGAAGUAUUUGUGUGUGUGAGUAACCUUUUAUGCGCCUCUGUGGGCAGUGGAAAGGACAUACAAUGACACGUUUCUGGUUUUAAAAACCAAAAUAUAAAAGUUAUCAACAGAAAACUAGAAAUAUUUACAUUUUGUUGGGAGUUUUUGUAAUAAGAUCAUGAUCUUGUUGUGAGAGUGUUGUGUUACUGUGCAAAACACAAAGAAGCAAAGAAAAAAAGAGAAAAGUUGGAAAAAAAUAUAAUUUGUGAACAAUUUGCUGUUUUAUAGAUUUUCAUGUAAAUUAUUUGAGUAUUAUUUUGUUUCUUUGUUUUUCUUUUCUUUUUUGUUUUGUUGUAAUUGUUGCAAAGGUUUUAAAUAUUUGUGAUCAAGCCUGUACGGUGAUAAUGUAAUAUUGGUAACUUGCUGAGUUUUGUAAUAAUGUUUAUGGAGUAAAUAUACAAAUUAAAAUAAGAUUUUGAAUGCUGCUUUCUGAA